GCAUAAUUCAUCUCUUUGAGGUAUGUUGCAGAUUCAACCUUCUGUGUGUUUGUACAAAUUUAUAAAAUAAAAGUUUGUUGUCUCUUGCUGCAUCUAUUGAAUGUUUUUAGAAGAUUUCCAGAAAGCAUUUGUUGCUGCAUCUAUUGAAUGUUGAAUAUUGAAACUCGUAUGGUAACACAUUUUGAAACUUUUUUGCUUGGAGUCUUGUUUUGAUUAGGAAUGUUGAUAUUUUUGAUAGGGUCUUGAAUUUGCUUAUGAGUCUUUUGUUGCUUGUGAAACUGUCUAGUGUUUAUAAUAAUUUCAGGAAGCAUUUGUUUUUUAUAGGGUCUUGAAUUUGCUUAUGAGUCUUUUGUUGCUUGUGAAACUGUCUAGUGUUUAUAAUAAUUUCAGGAAGCAUUUGUUGUGUUAUUUCAGGAAAGCCUUCCAGAAAAGUUUGAAAUUUUUUUUUCCUUGUUUACGCAGGAUAGAAACAAGAUGGGAGAUUCAGUACCUCUAAAACUAGCACUGCCAGAGCUGAAGUAUCCUAUUGGUUCACAGCCAAAGCAAAAGUCAGCAAUCAACCAAUAUUCCGGCUCAGAGUAUAUCUCCAUUGUUGACAGCAUCCUAAAACCAGAUGAGAUGAUAAGAGUCCUAGGAUCAUUUCUGGGACCUAUAAUGAAGCUCAGUGAGAGAGGAUUGAAGUUAUCAGCAAAGAUGGUCUACGCCAUUCUCACUAGAAGCAUCGUUUCUGUCAAGGAGAAUGAAGCCUGGUUCCAUUUCGGUGCGCAGCCAAUGAGGUUCUCUAUAAGAGAAUUUCAUAUGAUGACAGGCUUGAAAUGUAGUGGUGCAUUAGAAGGACCACGAAGGGAAACCGAUAGAUUUAAUUGGGAAUUGCUAAAGGGGCGUAGUCAUAAGUUAAGUGACGUGGUGGAACAGCUCAGAAACACAAGAGAAGAUGCUUCUGAGGAGAGAGUAUGCCUCGCAAUGCUCAUCCUGGUAGAGAGCAUAUUAUUGCGGAAGAGCAAAGGAGGGAGUUUUCCUUUGGAAUAUGCGAAAAAUGCACAGGAUAUGACAUAUCCAUGGGGGAAAGAGGCUUACAUUGUGCUCCUGAAGUCAAUUCAAAACGCUGUCGCGAAUCAUUUGGAGAAUAAAUCCAAAUUUGAGUUGCAAGGUUAUCCUCUAGUAUUCCUUCUUUGGAUACUAGAGUCGAUUCCUUUGCUAAGGAAUAAGUUCAGUAAGUGUGUACCAACAGUUGAGGUUCCUGGGCCGACUUACUUGUGUGAAAAAUACACUGAGGUAGAGAAUCCAUCACUUGAUAGGGUUUUACAGGUUGAAGCUGAUACAAAGCUGAAGGUCCAUUGCAUACUACCUUCUAUUCCUCAUGAUCCAGAAGAUGAUAUCUCCAUUGAAGACAAAUAUAGUGACGAGCUGGAAACACUGAAAGAUGUAACAAAGAAAGGGUACAAGCUUACAGCCGAUGACUGGGAAAAUAGGUGUGUAGACACAUUUGAAACAUUGGAUGCUCUUAUUCAAAUGAUGGCAAAUAAGGAGACUGGCCAAGCUUCUACUCCGAUUGAUGAGGAUUCAGUAAAUGAAAAAGUGAACAGGAUCAUGAGGUAA